AUGAACAGCGAGUACGACUACUUAUUCAAGUUGCUGCUUAUUGGGGACUCUGGAGUGGGAAAAUCUUGUCUCUUGCUGAGAUUUGCCGAGGAUACUUACACCCAGGACUAUAUUUCGACGAUCGGAGUUGAUUUCAAGAUUAGAACUAUAGAGCUAGAUGGUAAGACAAUCAAGUUACAAAUCUGGGACACGGCUGGUCAAGAAAGAUUCCGCACUAUUACAUCCUCCUAUUAUCGAGGAGCUCAUGGUAUCAUCAUCGUAUAUGAUGUUACCGACCAAGAGUCAUUUAAUAACGUCAACCAGUGGUUGCAAGAGAUUGACCGAUACGCCACUGGCGGAGUGAUGAAGUUGUUGGUUGGGAACAAGUCCGAUCUCAAGGAUAAGAAGGUUGUGGAUUACACUGUUGCCAAGGAGUUUGCAGAUGCUCUGGAGAUCCCAUUAAUAGAGACAUCAGCCUUGGACUCUACAAAUGUUGAGCAAGCAUUCUUCAACAUGGCUCGUCAAAUCAAAUCUCAGAUGGUGAACAACCAAGCUGGUAGUGGUACCGAGAAGGCAUCAAUCAACCUGAGGGGUCAAUCCGUUGGAGGCAGUCAAAACUCUAGUUGCUGUUAG